GGGCCGCAGCGAGGAGCAAGCCGGCCGCCUCCCCUUCACGCCGAGAGCCGGGAGCAAAGGACCCGCCUUGCUGGCCCUGCGAAGCCGACCGGACCCCCGCGAGCAGAUGGGCAGCGACCUGGGCGAAGGCGCCGUGGGCUCCAGCAAUGCCACAGGUUUGACAGAUGAAAAAGUGAAGGCAUAUCUUUCUCUUCACCCCCAGGUAUUAGAUGAGUUUGUCUCUGAAAGUGUUAGUGCAGAGACGGUAGAAAAAUGGCUGAAGAGGAAAAACAACAAACUAGAAGAUGAAUCGACUCCUAAGGAAGUCAGCAGGUACCAGGACACAAACAUGCAGGGUGUGGUGUAUGAGCUGAACAGCUACAUAGAGCAGCGGCUGGACACGGGCGGAGACAACCAGCUGCUCCUCUACGAGCUCAGCAGCAUCAUCAAGAUAGCCACGAAAGCUGAUGGAUUUGCACUGUAUUUCCUUGGAGAAUGCAAUAAUAGCCUCUGUGUGUUCACGCCCCCCGGCAUGAAGGAAGGCCAGCCGCGGCUCAUCCCCGCGGGGCCCAUCACGCAGGGCACCACCGUCUCUGCGUACGUGGCCAGGUCCAGGAAAACGCUGCUCGUGGAGGACAUUCUCGGGGAUGAACGGUUUCCACGCGGCACCGGGCUGGUCGGGACCCGGAUCCAGUCUGUCCUGUGUUUACCGAUCGUCACCGCGAUUGGCGACUUGAUUGGCAUCCUGGAGCUCUACCGGCACUGGGGCAAAGAAGCCUUCUGUCUCCGUCAUCAGGAGGUGAGCACCGCCAAUCUUGCCUGGGCUUCAGUAGCAAUACAUCAGGUACAGGUAUGCAGAGGCCUUGCCAAGCAGACGGAACUAAAUGACUUUCUACUGGAUGUAUCCAAAACGUAUUUUGAUAACAUAGUUGCAAUAGAUUCUCUACUUGAACACAUCAUGAUAUAUGCAAAAAACUUGGUGAACGCCGAUCGCUGUGCCCUUUUCCAGGUGGACCAUAAGAACAAGGAGUUAUAUUCGGACCUUUUUGAUAUUGGAGAGGAAAAGGAAGGGAAGCCCAUCUUCAAGAAGACCAAAGAGAUCAGAUUUUCCAUCGAGAAAGGAAUCGCUGGCCAAGUAGCGCGCACUGGGGAAGUCCUGAACAUUCCAGACGCCUAUGCUGACCCACGCUUCAACAGGGAGGUGGACCUGUACACGGGCUACACCACGCGGAACAUCCUGUGCAUGCCCAUCGUCAGCCGCGGCAGCGUGAUCGGCGUGGUGCAGAUGGUGAACAAAAUCAGCGGCAGUGCCUUCUCCAAGACGGACGAGAACAACUUCAAGAUGUUCGCCGUCUUCUGCGCGCUGGCCUUACACUGUGCUAACAUGUACCACCGGAUCCGCCACUCGGAGUGCAUCUACCGGGUCACCAUGGAGAAGCUGUCCUACCACAGCAUCUGCACGGCCGAGGAGUGGCAGGGCCUCAUGCGCUUCACCCUCCCGGGGCGCCUCUGCAAGGAGAUCGAGCUAUUCCACUUUGACAUCGGUCCUUUUGAAAACAUGUGGCCAGGGAUUUUUGUGUACAUGAUCCACCGCUCCUGUGGGCCGUCCUGCUUUGACCUCGAGAAACUGUGUCGCUUCAUUAUGUCUGUGAAGAAGAACUACCGGCGGGUCCCCUACCACAACUGGAAGCACGCAGUCACCGUGGCUCACUGCAUGUACGCCAUCCUGCAGAACAAUUACGAGCUCUUCACAGACCUGGAGCGCAAAGGGCUGCUCAUCGCCUGCCUGUGCCACGACCUGGACCACAGGGGCUUCAGCAACAGCUACCUGCAGAAGUUCGACCACCCGCUGGCCGCGCUGUACUCCACCUCCACCAUGGAGCAGCACCACUUCUCCCAGACCGUGUCCAUCCUGCAGCUGGAAGGGCACAACAUCUUCUCCGCGCUGAGCUCCAGCGAGUACGAACAGGUUCUGGAGAUCAUCCGCAAAGCCAUCAUCGCCACGGACCUGGCUCUCUACUUCGGGAACAGGAAGCAGCUGGAGGAGAUGCACCAGACGGGCUCGCUGAACCUGCACAACCAGUCACACAGGGACCGUGUGAUCGGCUUGAUGAUGACUGCCUGCGACCUUUGCUCUGUGACCAAACUGUGGCCCGUUACAAAACUGACGGCAAACGACAUCUAUGCAGAGUUCUGGGCUGAGGGUGACGAAAUGAAGAAGUUGGGGAUCCAGCCUAUCCCCAUGAUGGACAGAGACAAGAGGGAUGAAGUCCCGCAAGGCCAGCUCGGGUUCUACAAUGCCGUGGCCAUUCCCUGCUACACCACCCUGACCCAGACUCCUCCCACCGAGCCUCUCCUCAAAGCGUGCAGGAACAACCUGAGCCAGUGGGAGAAGGUGAUCCGCGGCGAGGAGAGCGCGCUGUGGAUCUCCACGCCCGCCGCGCCCGCCGCCAGCGCGCAGGACGCCUCGGAGAAGCUGCCCGUGAAGAUCGACGACUAG